AAGAGCAGUAGUGUUUCCGGGUAACAGGUGUAUGUUUUGUUGCGGUCAGAUCAACUAGGACAAUCGAUUCCUCCAUUAAAUCGACCCUUCUUCUGUGGUUUCGACUACCAUCACGGCCCAGUUUCAUGCCCUCCUCUGACACCCGCUAACCGGAUCUCAGCCUCGGUCCCCCCGCUUCCUGUCUUAACACCGACCCUGUGAUGGCUUCCAGGCGGCCGGACAGCUUCGACGGACUCGGAUACCGGGGCCGCGACGACCCGCUGUACGGGACAGGAUACCCGGUCCGGAGUGCCGGAGCCCCUGCUGAGCUGCAGCACCAUCACUGGGUCACUACGCCGCCUGACAUCCCUGGUAGCCGAAACCUGCACCCCGGAGAGCGGACACCACUGUACGACGACCCGUUGGGGGAGCACGGAGGUCCAGCAGCCGCAGCUGGCUGGGACCCUCCACAGCCCGGUGUGCCGCCGGCAGAGCAGCUGAACCGAUUCGCCGGCUUUGGGAUUGGACUAGUGAGUCUGUUCACAGAGAACGUCCUCGCCCACCCCUGCAUCGUUUUCCGGAGACAGUGUCAGGUCAACUACCAUGCCCGCUGUUACCACCUGACUCCAUUCAGCGUUGUGGCCGUCAUGUCCUCCAUCACCAAGGCUCAGGGGGUGAAGGCUCUGUGGAAGGGGAUGGGAAGCACCUUCAUCGUCCACGGCAUCACGCUGGGAGCCGAAGGCAUCAUCAGCGAGUUUACGCCGUUACCACGCGAGCUUCCUCACAGGUGGACCUGGAAACAGCUGGCUGGACAUCUGCUGCUCAAAGGGUUAACGGCUGUCGUGGCUCUUCCAUUUUACUGUGCGAGCCUCAUCGAGACCGUUCAGAGCGAGAUCGUGCGGGACGACUCGUCCUCCGGGCUGUUGGACUGUAUCCGUGAGGGUGUGGCCCGGCUGCUGGGCGUCGGCGCUCCCCACAGCCGCCGUCUGCUUCCUCUCAGCUGCCUGCUCCUUCCCGCCGCGGUGCACGCCAUCCUGCGCUACGCCGUGGCAGCGGUCAUCCAGCGGGUGGCGCUGUGGCUGCACCAGCGGGGCCGGAAGCAGCGAGCUAACCCCUCCAACCCUCUGGACGCCUACUUCCCUGAGCUGGCGGCGGCGUGGGCGGGGUCUCUGGUCGCGGACGUGAUGUUGUUUCCUCUGGAGACGGCGCUGCACCGCCUUAGCCUGCAGGGCACGCGCACCAUCAUCGACGCCACCGACGGAGUGGUUGCUGCCGUUUCCGGCGGCAGCCCGCUGGUUCUUCCUGUCAACACGCAGUAUGAUGGAUUCUCUGACUGCCUCCACUCCAUCCGCCGCAAGGAGGGCAGGACGGGCUUCUACCGCGGCUUCGGGGCGCUGCUGGCUCAGUACACGCUGCACGGAGCACUGCUCGCCGCCGCCAGGACACUGCUACGGGUGCUGCUGCUGGACGCCAAGACCAGCUAGGUGUUACCAUGGACACGCAGCAUCCCUUUCUGAUGCCAUGACAACGGGACACUUCUCAGUUACUGAGACUAAACCACGUGAUAUUUGAUUGGUUGAUGGAACUGAUCAUGUGACUAUUUCUACCAUUUUAAAAGAACCCGGUCACCACAGAAACCACCUGGAUGUCCAUAGCAACCACAAAGGACGCCCGUGACCCUUCCUGAUCUCCUGUCCCCCUAAUCGCCAUGGUGUGUUGCCAUGGAAACUGCAGCAUGUUUGUGUUUAAAUACUGUCAGCUGAUGCCAUGUUGUGACCAUAAACAAACACUGGUAAAUGUAAACAAACAAUUGUUUGUAAUGUGUAAAAAUAAAGACUUAAAUUAUUUGUGACUGAAAAAAUAAAA